AUGUGCAUUGAUCAGGUUGUUGUUGGAUCUGGUGGUGUAGGAAAAUCUUGCUUGACUGUCCGAUUUCUCAAAGACGAAUUCACAAACGAAUAUGAUCCGACCAUAGAGGAAAAUUAUCGCAAAAAUGUCACUGUAGACAAAUCUGUAUGCACAGCAUACAUUAUUGAUACUGCUGGACAGCAUGAAUACAAAGCCUUGCGAGAUCAGCAUCUAAAGGAUGGAAAAGGAUUUUUGCUCGUAUUUGCCGUAAAUGACAAAACCAGUUUGGAAGAAGUAAAACAACUUCGAGAGCAAAUCAUGAAGCUAAAGGAAACCCGAAAAGUGCCUUUUGUUAUCUGUGCAAACAAAUGCGAUUUACCCAAAGAUCAAAUUGAAGUAGACAUUGAAACUGUCAAAAAGUUUUGUCAAGAGGUCAAGAUUCCAUUAUUGAGCACAUCUGCAAAGGAAAACAUCAACGUUGAAGAAUCUUUUCAAGAGCUAGUUAGAGAAUGUAGAAAAUACUCCAAAUCAACAGAUGCCAAGGGAAAAUCGACAGGAAAAUCCAAACAGAAAGGAGGUUGCAUGAUCUUAUAA